CCGCCAGCUCUCUCCAUCAUAUACGGUAACUAAGCUGUAGCCAUUGACGCCCUCGCCUCUGCUCUCUCAGCCCCCGCUGCUGCACUGCACGGGCUGGCCCUUCCGCCAAGCUCCCACCGCCUGGGUUUAAAAAAUACGAGCUCCACGUUGAGUUGACGCUUCCCGAAAGGUCCUUAAGAUCGGGCAGACUGCAACCACGAUUGCGCCAAGGCGCCCAUAAACCCAUCCCGUCCCCUCGCUCCGUCACCCGCUCGCUUCAUCACCUGUCUUACUGCAGGCCCUUCCCUCCUCACUUCAUCUGCUGCCCACGUCCCCCCAUUCGUUUCUUUUCUUCCCUCUUCCUCUCGCGCUCAACCCCCGGCACCCGCCGUCGCUCGUUCUAUCGCUAUCGCUCGCUCACACACACACACACACACACACACACACACACACUCCACCACCGUCACCAUGGGCAAGACAUUCUUCCAAAGCUGGGAGCUGUGGGAGAAGAUGACUUUUGUGCUCGCCUGCGCGAUUGUCUGCACAAUCGGCGCCGGCUGGCUCAAAGUCUGGUACUCGCACUGGAGAAUCAAGAAGUACAGCAAGCUCCAGGGUUCCCGGAAUUCGCAGGAACCGCAGAUGGUCGAGGCAGCUACUGGCCCGACCGACGAAGAGGAUGUUCCCUUCGGUAUCCGUGCCAUUCAGAGCGGCAUCCAAGUUGACGGCAUCUGGAUUUCUGGCAACAACACACCAGUGCCCCUCAGCCCCGCCUCCACUGCGCUGUCCAAGCCAGAUGGCCAGGGCUCGGCCCCAAGCUCCAGGCCGAUGAGCACUCUGGAAAUGCCGCAGCCUCUGACUGGCCCGUACAGUAGCCGGCCAACCUCUAGCGGCGCCGGUUCCUCUACCUUCGAUCGCGCAGUUUCCGCCGAGAGACUUCCCAUCAGCAGAGAGGCGUCUCCCGUUGCCGGCCCUUCUUUUAACAGCCGCCACCACCGUCCUCCUCCUGUUGCUUAUUCCCGCUACAGCCAAUCAAGCUUGGGCAAGCACUCUGCGACUCUGGACGCCCUUGAGGCUUCUGAGCCCUACCAGACGGUCGAGCAUCCCGGUACUCCUGCCAACAAGAACGACUCUGGCUCUCGCAAGUCUAGUGGCUCUAGCAACAACCCGGAGGACCGCAACUCCAGCUCUAGUGACGACAGCCGUGAACUCCAGCAACCCUCUCUGUUGGCCCCUCGUCCCAGGGACCCGCGCACCGAUCUUGGCCUUCUCCACAGCCACCGCUUGUCCCAUGUUGCGGAAACGGGUUCCCUUAGCCGUCGCGAAAAGGCCUUUGAUCGCACACCUGGCCGCAGUGGAGAGUGGGGUAGUGUGGUGAGCGAUCUGCCCAGCGCUCGCUCCCCUGUCCUGUCCGACCUUCCUUCUCCGCCUCUGCUUGACAAGACGCCCUCGCCGCCAGCUGUCAAUGCCAACAGCGAUUACGCGUUUCUUGCUCCCCUCGAAGCCAUCGGCAGUCAAGUGCCCCCUCAGGUCUCGCCGCCUCUUGAGACCUACCAGCCCAGCGGUCCCGAUUACGCCUACGCCGAAAGCUCGUCUCAGGCUCAGAAUGACCAUCACGGCGCCCGCAAGGUGAACUCUGGCUUUGAGGUUCUGCCCGCCGGUACCUUCGAUGCUCCCGCCGAGCCCGAGGAGGCUCAUGAGCAGAAGCACCAGCCGAAGCGUCUGCAAAAGAAGCGGAGGCCAUCUGCCGAAUCUCGGACCUCCAACUUUGUGGAACAGGUUUAAUUCCCGUCAGAUAGCCCGACAGGCGCUUCUGAAACCGUUUUCCGUGGACUAGGUUGCUUGAAUUAGCUCCUCCGAUCGACACGGCUUCAAAACGUGCGACGUGCAGGAAAGUCAUGCACGCAUCGGCUCCCCCCAAGCGCCCUGUCUGCAGGACCAGUUUCAGCGCCCCUGUAAUGCAGCACUCAUUCGAAUUGUUUUUCUCUCGGUUAGGCAUAAUCGGAGGCUAUCCGCUUAAUCACACAAUGGCAUAGGGCAGGCGUUCAUUCGGCAAGCAUCAACAGACCACGCGAAAGACACGUGGACAGGAAGGCGGCGGCGUUUCGUUGUUGUACGGCGUGCGCACGCACGCCCGAAUUUUUCUCUCUUUUUUCUUUUUGACACGCUUUGGACUGGCGGUUAAAGUAUUUAAGCUUUUUUAUUAUGCGAUUCGCGAAAAAGGGGAAUGGAUGGAUGGACAGGGCGGAUGGGAUGAAUAUGGUGUGGCUUCU